CCGCUCGAUCUCUACAAAAACUAUCAAGAGCCGACAGGGCACAGAACGGGCGACCUAGAGGAACUAUUGACCACGAAAAAUGACCACUUUGCUAGCCCCACCCGCAGUUUCAUUCCCGACCAAGGGCCCAAUGGGCUGGUCGGAGACAAGUACGGCAGAUACCUCGUCCAAAUCCUCCAUAUCUGCUCCCACGGCCACCCCCACUCAUGCCCCUAUGGCUUCUACAGCAGAGGACACAAUGACUGCUGAGAGCCAGGGCAUACCGAUGCAGACCGCUUCUACACAGACCGAUAACGAAGUUUUAUCAAGGGCUACUAGCCAUGCUGCGAAUCGGGCCAACGACAGGAAUUAUCUGCAAGGUCAGGCGGAAAAACCUGGCCAAGAGAGCGAUUUAGACUCCUCUCCUCUAAAACCUAAACAAGGCGCUGCUUCCCACUACUUACGCAGAGCAGAAGCUCAUGAAUUGCCAAGUUUCGGCAAUGUUGGCCUAGCAAACCCUGAGGCCGCCGGUGCUGCCGCAGCUUCUCUUGCACAUGCUUCUGCUAAGCCUGUGGAAAUAUGGAAACCUGACCCCAUCUCCGCAGCUGGAGCAGCAGCAUGUCUAGCUCAUGCUAGCCCUAAAAGAGUAGAACCAUGGAAACCGACCCAAGGAACUGGGGCAGGAAAAGCAGCUCGUCAUGCCUUGGAAGACAAUAACGACCGUAUAACCCCCCUUACAGAACCGCAACCUCCAGAGCGUUGGUCACUGACUGGCACUCAAGGGUCCAUGAAAGUUUGUCGUGCCGGGCCCUCUUCAACUCUCCAGCACGAUUCGGGGACAGAGAUCUCAGGGAAUGCUUUGACAACUGCACCUCCUGCUCACAUGCCAAUGGUUCGACGUGCGUCUAACGCCGUAGAACCGGCUUUCGAACAACCCGUCGAAAACGAUCUCAACAAUGCUGGCGGAGUUUCACAACAGGAAAGGCGCAAAUCGGAUAUCCUGCGGGCAGCCACAAUAUCCAUGGUUAAGCGUAAUUGCGACACCCACUCACCUGACUCACCAAGACAUCGUGUGCCGUCUCCGGGACGGCAGCGUCCCGCUGCCCCGCCGUCCUCACGCCAUCAAAUCUACGGUCCGGAUCUCGACGAGGCUGCAUGCAAGGUCGCUGCGGCGCGUCUGGCCUUGAUCGGAUAUGACCCCAAACGCUCUGCUUCCCUCUUAGAAGCCAAAGGAGCUCAAGCAUCGCUCAGUCGGUCUCGGUCGGUUAUAGCCGAGGAUGCAAGUGACCAUAGCGUUGCCCAGAGAACCGACGGAAAUCCAUCCCGUUCGCACGAUAAUCUAGCCAGGCUAGAGAAUAAAAAACGUGGUGAGAACGCUGUGCUGCUUAUGGCGGCGGCCCAGCGAAACGUUCAGGCUCAGAUGUCAGGACUCGACCGCCAGAUUGCCGACUCCAAGGGUUUAGUCCGCAGGGAGGAUUGGGAAGCUAGAGCGAGAGAAUUGGCCCAGGCGAGUCACGAUAAGCGUCAGCAUCAGAAUCAAGACGCAAUUGCGGCGAGAAAUGUGAGACCUGUCUUAGAUGAGAUGACAAGGAAAGCUGAAGCGGAGAGAGCGCGGGUCUCUGCGGAAAAGACUAGAGCGGCGGAAGAGCGAAUGGAAUUAGAAGAAAAGAAACGUCUCCAAGAAGUCUGGAGGGAGCGGGAGAAGGAGACGCAAGAGGAAUUAAGGAGAGCUCAAGCAAUGGGAAAAGAAGAGGGAAAAUGUCGCAAGGGGCAGGAAAAACGCCACCAAAAAGAGCGUCGGCACUCCUUCAGAACCGAGAGCAAGCGAGCAAAGGGCAGCAACAGCAAUAACAACAUCCAACCGCUACAACUGCUAGCGCCAAUAGUAUCUAAUAGCAACAGCAAUUCCGACGAUCACGCCCCUAUAACCCCCCCAACGUCACCAAAGGAAGAAAAAGGCCUCCGAGGUCUAAUCAACAAAUUCCGCGUGAGAAGACUCUCCCGAAAUGCUCGCAGAACUAGCUCGAAAGAACCCUCCUCUGUAGGCGCAACCGCAAUCACAAAGAACUAUCCUUCAACCAAUUGCAAUACAGCCCCAUCCCGCGACCCCAACAUCCCACCACCAUCCGCCCUCCAAACCAACGGUAGUCAAACUCCGACGACGACCCCCACCCUCACCGAGGUUGCCCUCUUGGGUGCUCCUCCGCCAGCGCCAACCGCCAGACUCCCAAGAAAUCCCCCACACACAAGCUCUCCAGUAUCAAGUCUUCACUCCUUCCAAUGCCGUGGCGAAACCGUACUAGAAGUACACAUUUCUGACGACGACGGUAGUGGCGAUGCCGCCCACAACGGCUACAGCAAUAGUAGCAACAAUCCCCAAAGGAGAAAAGGGGAAGACACAAGAAAUCACUCGAAUGGCGCUGAGGAACACAAUACAUUUCCUGGCACGCCGCCGGCGCUGGCGGCACUGAACCUCUCGGGGGAGCAAUUACCUUUGGAAAGGGAAGCCUCGGCCGGGGAACCGGGGAAUAGAAGUUCUAUUGGGAGUAAAUUUUUUGAGAACUUGUAGAUGGAGGGGGAUGUACCAAUAGUUUUGUCCUAUUUCGGGUCGGGGGUUUGUCGCCUUGCUUUCAACCUUCCAUUUUCAUUUAUUUUCCUAUCAUUUGCUUUUAAGUGGGUUGGGUUCGGUACGAUACGGCGCUUCAUUCAUCCAUUCUCUCUCCAUGUUCUUCCCAUUACGAAAUUGACUGACGGGCGGAUGCAUCCGUACGACAACGCCGACUCAUGAUCCAGGGUUUAUGCUUUGCCCCUUCACCUUCCCUUCAUGUCAUCUUUCUGCAAUGUUAAGGUCGGGUAGGGUGCGGUGGUUGGUAAUAUAAUUAGUAUCAUAGGAAUGAAGGAC